AGCGUCCUAUCAGCCGCAAUGUGAAGUACCCAAACUGUACAUGUAGGUGAAAGCAUGGGGAGAAAGAACCAGUACUUUGGGGUGAAAGUGGGCAGAAAGCCAGGUGUUUAUACUGAUUGGUCAGAGUGUAAAUCUCAGAUUCUCGGAGUCGAUUCGGCAAAGUGGAAGAGGUUCACUACUUAUGAGGAAGCUAAUGUGUAUUGUUGCACUGAUACCAUCAAAAUAGAGGAACAAGAAGUCGUUCCUGGUUCUAUUGCAAGACCGAUUUCUAUUGAAGAAGAAGAUGCUGAAGAAAUGAAACCCUCUUCUGCUCAUUUGAACUCCUCCCCAGAACGGUGUUACAAUCCUAAAAGAUACCGACCCGACACCAACACUGGAUCAGAUACAAAUGCCAAGGUAGACUGUCAAAAGACAGUGAUGCGAGCAAUCCUCGGGUUGACGAACAAUGUUUACAACCCUUCAUCUACCCCUACAUCCUCCCCUUCUGCGAAGAGGAAAACAUCUGUUCUUGAUACCAGUAACAUCUCCGCUAUAUCGUGUAGUGAGACUAAUGUAAAACCUGAAGAGUCAGAAGUUUUAAGCAGUAAUGCAGAUACAACUCUUACAAAUGCAUCUGUUACAGAAAUAAAAAAUAGUCAAACUAAGAAAACAUCAUUCCUUCCUGAUAUCAGAAAAACGAACAAAACCGUACAGCCUAUAAAGUCCAAGAUAAGACCUAAAAUGAAACACAGAUUGGUCAAGCAGCCUGUAGCACCAGUUAAUAAGUAUGUAGAAGAUCAAUCUGAGGAUGAUGACAUUGAAAUUGUCGAGAAUCCUUUAAGAGAGAUCCAAAUGAGUCAAUCAACAUCAGAGGAGUAUCUAAGAGUUGGCAGCAGCGAAGGGGAAGUAGCUGUUGGAAUUUUCUGGGACAUUGAAAAUGUAAGAAUGCCUAGAGGAUUGAAUCCUGCCGUUUUUAUCACAAAGCUACGUGAGAAGUUUGUGGAUGAAUCGUCAAAGUUUUGCGAGAAACACUUUUAUGUUGUCUGUGAUGCUCGUGAAGAAUCAAACUUAAUCAUGAAGCAGUUGUUUGAGUUUCAUGUGCGUAUAGUUCAUGUUCCAAGACUAAAAGCCAAUUCAUCAGACAACGUCAUCAGGGAUUUGAUGCAUGAAUUUGUGGGAUACAACAAGUAUUGCAGGAUUGUUCUCAUAUCCGGCGAUUGUGACUUCAGUCAUGAUAUUCACAAUUUUAGACGAAACAAAAAAUGUGAAUGUAUACUAAUACACAACCCAAAUGCAAAAGAGAGUCUGAUACGAUCCGCCACAUCAGCUCAUCUGUAUACUGACCUGAUUAAAGGAGAUAUUAUUCAACAUCAAGCACUGCAAAAUAACCAGCAAAACCAAUCUAGAGGGCUCAGAAAACAUGCCCAGCUUUCACAUCUUUAUCUUGCUCAGAAUUCACGACCCAACAACCAGAUGCCCUUCCCAAAUAAAAAGGUCAAAAACAAACAGAAGAAACAGCAAGGUGGCAUGAAUCAUCAUCGAGACCGCUUCUACAACCAAGACUUCAACCACAAGGGAAAUGAACAAUUGACCAAUGGUGACCACGCUGUGACCAGUGAUAAAACCGGUGAAGCUGACUCUCCUGCAGUAGAAGUGUUAGAUGAGGCUCUGCCGGAUUUUAUACCCUUGUCCCCAACAUCAGACUGGUCGUCAGUAAGUAAAGCUUACUAUCGUAAAAAACAGAAAGAAGUGCGCUCACCAAGAAAUCAACCUCGUAAACAAAAGUCAAAAAAAUUUAAAGGGGCAAACAUUUCAGUCCGAGACUACUAGAUGACUAGUCAGUCUAUUAUUAAGAUUUCAACUUCCAAAGGGUUUCAUGUGAAUUGUUGUUAUUUUAUUUCGGAGGAUUUUUUCAUCCAUUGUUGCGUUGAAUUAAUUUAUUAAUCAAAUUCAAGUUAUAUUUGGAAUCUGUCUUCACUUGUUUCUGUCUUUCAGAAACAAACAGAAAUUUUAAUGAAAGAAACAUCAAAGUCAAGUUAUGUAUUAAUACCAAGUUUUUUAACGUUCAAUUUAAAUUAUGCAGAUCAUCAGAUUUCAAUGUCAUGUUGUCUCAUUAUAUUAAUCGUGAGAGGGGCCGGGGGGCCGGGGUGGGUAGCGUUACAUCGUGAUUGGUCAAAUCUUCAAAGUAGAUUUCUCUGCUCUAUCAUAAUGAUAGGAUGUAGGAUAAAGAUGUUGUAACGAGACUUGAGAUAUAUUAUAAUCAUGAUGCAUAAUGUUUAUAAGGUUGCAUUUUAUUUGGUUGAAAACUGUCAUAAUGCCAAGGUAAAACUAAUGAAAUGUGGUAAGGUACGUGCAUAAUAUAUAAUUAUAAUAUUUUCUGUGAUUUUAUUUUGAUAACCUUGCAAAAUAUUCAAUAAUAUUUGUUUGCUUUUGGUAAUUUUGUUGUGUUUUUCUACAAUUUUAUAGAAACAAUUUUAUUUUCAUUCUGUAUUGAUGAACAUUGAUCAGAAAUAUUUAAUUGAAACUGUAGCAUUAUAAUUGUAAUUUGCUUUUUCAUCAGCUUUUGCCAGUUGCCUUUACAUCGAUCCAAUCAGGUUUAAGAAACUAUGGACGAGUCUCGUAAAACUGAGGGAACUGUAGGUAAAACUCGGCAUGCUUCUAGUUCUACCCCUUCUUCAAAGAAAAAAGCACCCCCUAAACACGUACUAGACACUAGUACAAUUUCAAAUAUUUCAUGUUCUGAAAAAGAGGGAACAUUUGAUCAUGACACGACGAUAACAAAUGUAACUGUUAUAGAGGUUUCGUCUGAUGUGAGGGAAUUAGGUACCCCCUGUGCGAAGAAACCCGAUGACAAAAUUGGAAAAGAAAAUGUGAAACCAUCAUGCUCCAAAGAUGCUGCAACAGCGGGAAACGCUAAGAAGAGUAAGAAGAGGAAACUUGUUGGUACUAGGGUAGAACAUUAUUCUGAUUCUGAUGAAGCUGAGGACACCAUUGUGUUCAUGGAGAACCCACAGAAGUCUAUUCAAAUGAACCAGUCAACAACUGAAGAGUUCCUUCGGCUAGGGAGCAACGAAGAAGAAGUUGCUGUUGGGAUAUUUUGGGAUAUCGAAAACGUGAGGAUGCCAAAAGGCCUCAAUCCUGCUAUUCUGAUCACGAAACUUCGUGAGAAGUUUGUGGAUGAAUCGUCUAAGUUUAGUGAGAAGCACUUUUAUGUUGUCUGUGAUGCUCGUGAAGAAUCACACUUAAUCAUGAAGCAGUUAUUUGAGUUUCAUGUGCGCAUAAUACAUGUUCCAAGAUUGAAGGCCAAUUCAUCAGACAACGUCAUCAGAGAUUUGAUGCAUGAAUUUGUGGGUUACAAUAAGCAUUGCAGGAUAAUCCUUAUUUCAGGCGAUUGUGAUUUCAGUCAUGAUAUUCACACUUUCAGAAGAAGUAAAAAGUGUGAUACCAUACUUAUUCAUAACAAAAAUGCAAAAGAGGCCCUGAUAAAAUCUGCCAAAUCUGCUUAUUUGUACACAGAAUUGAUUAAAGACGAAAUUCUACCCAAAGAAAAAGAGCAAUCGGCUAAACAGCCUCAUUCUAGAACAGAACCCCCGAGGCGAAUGACCAGAAUCAUCAGUAACAACAAUCCUAAACUGAAGUCGACAAAGCCGAUUGCAAAUCAGGAACAGGCUUUAAAGCAGCAACAGCAGCAAGCCCGUAGCAAUCCCCGGGUACCUUCUCAAAAUCCGUUUGCUAAUUACCGUAAUCGAGCACAACAUCCCAACCAAACACAAUACUCCAAUCAAACCCAGCGCUACAACGGCAACAAUGCGCAAUACACCAACCUGGGGCAUUACUCCAAAAAUGUGCAUUACUCCAACAAUGCGCAAUACACCAACCAGGGGCGACACACCAACAAUGCGCAAUAUAUCAACAUUGCGCAAUACACCAACCAGGGGCAACACACCAACAAUGCGCAAUAUAUCAACAUUGCGCAAUACACCAACCAGGGACAAUACUCCAACAAUGCGCAUUAUUCCAACAAUGCCCAAAACUCCAACCAAGCUAAUGGUCAAAAUAAUAUCUUCAUGCGAAACAACCAGUUCAAUAGGGAGAGUGGUCGUUUCCGAUCAUGGUAACUGAAGUUAUUACUAUAAUCAUAUACUCUACUUUAUUAGUUUUAUAUGAGGGUAAAGAAAGUAGCAUGGAUUAAGAGGUUACUUAUCAUCAGAUGUAAUCUAUUAGUAACUUUUAAAGUGUUAGCUAUAAUAUCUGUUUAUCAGAUAAACUAUUGUGAUAUACUUAUAUAAAGGGGUUUAAAUAGUAUAAAUUAUAAUGAUGUUAGCUUUAGAAGUAACGUUUACAAGCCUACGUAAUGUACGGCCGAUAAAUUGAAUUUUUUAUUGAAUUUACAAUUUCACUUCUAUAUAAUAAUAUUCAAUCUCAGAAAAGGGAGAACAUUUUAAAUGUAUUGUCAAAAUAACAGUGAUUUUAAUUUACUCAAGUUGUUCAUGUUUCGAUUUUUUUGAAUCGUGUUUCGGAAUGCUUUUUGUAGUGUUGAUAUUGUGCCGAGUUCUGUUUUAAAUUUUCUGCAAUUAAUCAUAACUUGCACUAGGUGUUGGUAGUUACUAAUUUCUAAUCGACUAAGGUUUUUAAACUUUUAUGAAAUGAUUGUUGUUGUUAUUGCCGCAUUAUUUUUAAAAUAAUGAAGUAGA